CAGUCUCGCACAGCUGCCUCCGGUCAGUACGUUUGAGGUGUUCAAGAGUUACGGACGGUUGUGUGGAAUAAACGCGCUAUAAUCGCUGCCGAAAAUAUCGAACAGUAUAGGAUACAUUUAUCUGUGAUUUUGCUUGUAUCUCGUAACAAUAUUGACAGUGAUCAUAUAGGUGCGGUGUAUUUUGAAAAGGAUACGUAUCGGUUGCUUUCCCUUUUAAAACGGAAUCGGAUAUAAACCCUGCUGAGGUAUUGUUUCCAAAACAUUGAAAGUUUGUAUAAUGUCACCCGAGGAAACAGUGUCAAUCAAUCGGCAUUCAGAGUAGGGAACGGUAACAAUUGCUUGUGAGUGCGUGUGUUACGGUCUCGGCUCAGUGGUUCCGUCGUCAGUGUCGCCCAGUGAAUUGUUAGCUGCAUGCUCUGGCCCAGUCACUGAUGGGAAAAAUUGUUGUUGGGGUGUGUCGAGGAGGGCGUCAUGCAGCCCUUCGCAGUUACCACUAGCUAUCUUGGAUACCAGCAAAACGGCGGGCUCAGACACGACAACGGUUCUUGCACCACAGACGGGCGGUGCGGACAGCGCGAGCGGCGGCUCCGGCGGCUCGGGCAUGGAGUGCCUGCAGCUGCGCUCGCCACCCGGACCCUUCCACUACCUCAUCUCGGAGCAGGCUAAGUCUCUCGUUGCGUUACAGGAACUCCAGAAUGAAGUCGGGGCAUUACUUGAAUUCCGUGACCUCGUCAUCGAGACAUUUCCGAAUCUUCGAUCCAAGAUGGCACCGUCCACUCCGGCCAGCGAGACACGCCGCGACUGGGAGCCCGGCGUGCGCGUGCGCCGCAAGCUCGCAGGAGGGAGUGGAGACGCCGCCAGAACGAAACCGCAACCUUCCGUGCAGGACUCGGGCUUUAGCACGGAAACGUCUUGCGGGAAAGAUGCCCAUUCGUCCGCCUCUGCGUCCACCUCCGCCACCCGAUCUCGACCGUUGGAGGACGAGCUGUGGGCGCUACUCGACGUCAUUCAACGAAAAGGCGUACGUUUACGAGACGAAGCGGAACUAUUGCGGGGAGAACUCGACGAAAGGCCGUCGGAAACUGCAGAGGAGUCUUUCGCGAGAGCUUUGUCCGCUGGGUGCGGGGACUGUACGGAUCUCGUGCGGUUACGAAGCGAGCGGGACGCUUUGCUCGCCCGCGCGGCUCAACUGGAAGCUGCGGCGGCGGCCACCCCUCCUCCUCCGCCCUCUACCCCGCUGGGAAGGCUGGACUCCGUGUUGGACACGCCGACGCGGCCGCCGCGCGUCGCUAGUCCCGACUCCAAGAAGUUCGCUGCGAUUCUCCUCGAGAGCAAUCCCGUCGAGCUUCAACGACAACUACUUAUUUCCACCGUUCAAAAUCAGGUGCUGAGCUCGCAGCUGCGGCGCGCGGCGGCGCAGCGGACGGCGCUGCUGGAGAAGCUGGAGCGCGCGCGCGACCUCAACGAGGACCUCAAGUUCAGGCUAGAAGAGAAGAGCAUAGAGGUGGAAGGCGCCAAAGCUCGGCUGCGACAGAUCGAAAAAAGUAACCAAAAACCAAGCGAUAGUAUCGAGCGCAGUCGCGACCACAGCAGCAUGCGCGACAUGGAGCAUCUACACAUUCCCGACGAGGCGGACGACGAGCCGCGCAUUUCCGAGACGCCUCGCUCCAAGCCCAGCCGCAUCCCGAGGCACACGGCGCACAAAGGCGCCGCGCCGAGGCCCCCCGCGCGCUCCCCGGCGCCGGGCGCGCCGCCCAGGCCUCCCUCCGCCCACUCUGUGCGGUCCACGCGCUCCGUGGCCUCGGGCCGCAGCCGCGCGUCGCGGGAAGCCUCGGGCGCACCCGCCUCCACGGGGGCCUCGACCGGCGCCUCGCGCAAGGACAAGUCCGCGGUGCCCGUCCGCCGCUCCCCGUCCGCAGACAAGAAACCUCAAACGAAUGCGGACGAGCGAACGGACGCGGACAUAGCCCGUUGCGCGUCUUUGGUAGCUGAGUACGUUGCGCGCGCCGAGCGACUCGCGCCGCUCUUCCCCAAGCUCCACGCGGUGCGCGCGCGGCCGUUGCCACAGGAACUGCUCAACGAGUGCCGCCUCGCGUACGAGACUCCGGGAAACCUCGCUCUAGAACUGUCCAAGUCGAUCCUCUACGAAAACGCCGACUCCAUAGACAUAGAAACGCUCAAAUCCCUGAAUUCCCACGAAGACUCGCUUUGGAACGGAAAACCUCAGCAAUACUUCGAGAGUCUGAACGCUCGUGAUGGCGAUUGCAUCAACGCCAAGGAUUUCGAAGAUGACUCGUUAACGUAGAUUUUUCCUAUUGGUUAAACAUUCAAAAGGUUACAUUCAAAAUGUUUUUGUACUGUGAAUUGAGGUAACUUUAUCUUUCAAUGUAACUCCAGUUGAAAGAAAUUA